AUCCUUUACCCAUUCCAAUCCCCCACAAAGUUGGAGGCUGGAACCCUAAACCAAAUCUUCGUACUUACGAAGAAACCUUCCAAAUGUGAUUGAUCAUAAUCACUCUCUCUUCCCCCAAAUCGCUCGCAUUCACUCAAUCCCAGCAUCUCCUGAAUCCUAAACCAGCGUGGACAUCUAUCAGUUUCACCUCAGCCGUUCAAGGUUAUCUCUAUUACCAUAAUCCGUCCGCUGACUUCCUAUCAGGACCCGGCUCCGUAUCGUAAUUUUCCCUAUGGCCACCGCCACCGAUGCAACUGCCAAAUUUCAGCAGCCGGACCUCAUACCGAUCCCGCAACCGCCGGAUUAUCACCCGGAGAUCCUCGUUUUGCCUGCUCACGACGGCCUCCACUCCUGGCAGUUCAUGGUCGCGGGGUCAGUCGCCGGCAUGGUGGAGCAUAUGGCCAUGUUCCCAAUCGAUACGGUCAAGACCCGUAUGCAAGCCUUAGUGUGUUGCCCAAUCAAAUCCGUCGGCGUCCGCCAGGCCCUUCAGUCCAUCCUGAAAUCCGACGGCGUUCGUGGGCUUUACCGCGGAAUAGGAGCUAUGGGUCUGGGUGCCGGGCCAGCACACGCGGUCUACUUCUCCGUCUACGAGUUAUGUAAAGAGUCAUUUUCCCGUGGAAAUCCAAAUAACCCCGCCGCCCAUGCCGCAUCCGGCGUGUGCGCUACGGUUGCCAGCGACGCAGUCUUCACGCCGAUGGAUAUGGUGAAACAGAGGCUCCAACUGAGCAGCAGCCAGUACAAGGGGGUGAUGGAUUGCGUGAGGGUGGUUUUGAGAGAGGAAGGGGUUCGUGCUUUUUAUGCUUCCUACAAGACAACUGUGUUGAUGAAUGCCCCAUUCACAGCUGUGCAUUUUGCUACUUAUGAGGCGGCAAAGAGAGGUUUGUUAGAAGUUUCGCCUGAGAUUGCAAGUGAUGAACGGUUAGUAGCACAUGCUACUGCAGGGGCGGCUGCUGGGGUUUCAGCUGCCUUGUUUACAACGCCACUUGAUGUGGUUAAAACUCAGUUGCAGUGUCAGGUCACACAUUCAGGUUAUCAUGGAAUUUUGGUUGCAGUGUGAAUGGUCUGAAGUUGAAAGUUGUUUACUUAUGAUAGCUAUGAAUAUUAUGAUUGCCGUAAUGUAUAUAGGGUGUAUGUGGAUGUGACAGAUUUAAAAACAGUUCAAUUAGUGAUGUGCUCAAAACCAUCGUAAAGAAAGAUGGGUAUAGUGGACUGAUGAGGGGUUGGAUGCCAAGGAUACUCUUCCAUGCUCCAGCAGCUGCAAUAUGUUGGUCCACAUAUGAAGCUUCUAAAUCAUUCUUUCAAGAUUUGAACACUACCACUAACCGCAGAAAUGCUACCUGAGAAUCCCCCCGAAGAGCAGUCAUUGGCUGUUUGUGUCAUUUACACCUCGGGUGUUUGUCCCAGCCAUUGUGGGGCCACUAGGAUGACGGGAGAUGAGAUUAGGGUAUCCAACCUGUGGCAAAUGUCAUGUAGUGAUGUAGAGGAAGUGUAUUUGUAAGAGUUACAAUAAGUUUAUCUCAAAAGUCAGUAAUAGAUGAAAUUUUGUGGAGCUAGAUGUGAAUCUGCCCCUGACUCCCAGGAGUAUGUUACACGGCAACAGACCAUCUGGGCCUUUUUCUUUUGGCAUUUGUAAUUUGUAAACGCACACCCGGAUAGAGUAGGUGGGAGUCUGGCUGUCUUGGGCUUUUCAUUGGCUACCAGUUCUGUUUAUUUACGAGAGAAAUAUUAUAUUUUAUUUAUCCCUUACAAUAACAAUACUCUUAUUUCAUCAUCA